CCUUUAUCUUUAUAUCACUGGACUCUCUUCAAAACCCUAAAGCUUUCUCUUCGUGCGUUAACAGAAGUCCAAAUGACGAGGAAGAAGCUCAACCCUUUGGAAGAUCCACCGACGGCGUCUUCAAGCGACGAAGAUGAAUUGGAGCCGCUGCCCGGAGACGACGAAGAAGAACAGAUCUCCGACGAUUCUUCGUCCGACGAUCUCAUGAGUCCAGUCAACAUUCCGUCCGCGAAGAAGUCCAAAUCUGAGAAGCCGAUCGCCGUCGCCGUGAAGAAGCGGCCGAUGGAAAUGACCUCCUCCGUUAGUGCAAAACGAGCCAAAACUGCAGAGGAGGCGAAGAAACCGACGACGUUUCAGAGGCUGUGGAGCGAAGAAGACGAGAUCUCAGUGCUUCAAGGUAUGAUCGAUUUCAAAGCUGAUACAGGGAAGAGUCCGUACGAAGACAUGGAUAGGUUUUACGAACUCACCAGUAAGUCGAUUAGCUUUGAGGCUAGUAAGAUCCAGUUCGUGGAUAAGAUUAGGUCUUUGAAGAGGAAGUAUAUGGGGAAAGUGAUGAAGCAAGGUGUUGAGUCUUUGACUAAAUCUCAUGAUAUUGAUUGUUUGAAACUGGCCAAGUAUAUUUGGGGAUCUCAUGGAAUGGCUCUCAGUUCUAAUGUCAAGAAGAAGGUGGUUCAAGAAGAAGAAGAAGUUGUGACUCCUGAAUCCAAUGGAACACCAAAAAAGAGUAAGAAGAAGCCCCUUUCUGUGGAAGGUAAUGGUGACAAAGUAGAAGUAGGUAGGGAAGUGUUGAUUAAUGGUGACAAGGGAGAAGAAGAUAGGGAAGUGUUGGCUGGUGGUGAAAAGGGAAGAGAAGAUAGAGAGGUGUUGGCUAAUGGUGACAAGGUUGAAGAAGAUAAGGAAGUAUUGAUGAAUGCAGGAGGAGCUUCCAAGUCUCUUGGUGUGAUGAGAGCAUCUGACUGGUUUGAACACUCGUUUCUUGUAGGAUCUAUUGCGGGUUUAGGUGUGAGUGAACAGUUCGUGAAAGAGAAAUGGAGUAUGGUGACUGUGGAGACAAAGAAGAGGAUGGAAGAGAAGUGGAAGUUAUUACAGGCCAAAGAAAUGGAACUUGUGCUGCAAAAGACUGACUUUAUGCGUGAGAUAGGCUCUGUGAUUGCUGAAGCAUCUUAAGAAGAAGCCAUUAGGUUUUCUUACUGGGUUUCGCUUUAAAUGGAGAUGCAAUACUAGUUUCGUUAUCUUUCUACAUGACUUUAUGGUUUUCUAGUUGAUCUUGUGAGUUCUUGCUUAUUUAUGUAAAAACUCCAUGGAAACUUCUGUCAAUUUUAGGCAAUUAGCUUAGAUGUUGUCUUAA